AUGAGUGGAAUCGCAGCGUCCUGUCUGUCUUGUCUGUCGGCAGUCGACCGAUGGUGUCAUAUAUCAGCAUGCCUCGGCCCUAUUGGAGCUCGCUCUCGAGAUGGAAUCUAUGAAACGACCCUGGCCGACAAUGAGCGAGAGGCGGUGUCUGACCUGCUGGGCUACUUGGAGAACCGCGCGGAGACCGACUUCUUCCACGGCGAGCCUCUCCGAGCUCUGAGCACCCUGGUUUACUCCGAAAAUGUCGACUUGCAGCGAAGCGCGAGCUUGACCUUCGCGGAAAUCACAGAGCGAGACGUGCGCGAAGUCGACCGCGAUACCCUUGAACCUAUCCUCUUCCUCCUGCAAAGCUCGGAUAUCGAAGUACAACGGGCUGCUAGCGCAGCAUUGGGCAAUCUUGCCGUGAAUGCGGAAAACAAGGUCCUAAUCGUGACUCUCGGGGGGUUGGCUCCCCUCAUUCGCCAGAUGAUGUCACCCAAUGUCGAGGUACAGUGUAAUGCCGUUGGGUGUAUCACGAAUCUGGCGACACACGAGGAGAACAAAGCCAAGAUCGCUCGCUCCGGUGCUUUAGGUCCCCUCAUCCGUCUGGCCAAGUCGAAGGACAUGCGUGUUCAACGUAAUGCGACGGGCGCAUUGCUCAACAUGACCCAUUCCGAUGAUAACCGCCAACAACUUGUUAACGCUGGCGCUAUCCCUGUGCUCGUGCAUCUUCUCUCAUCCCCCGACGUCGACGUCCAAUACUACUGCACAACAGCUCUCAGCAACAUCGCCGUCGACUCGACCAAUCGCAAACGACUCGCGCAGACCGAGUCGCGCCUAGUGCAGUCGUUGGUUCAUCUUAUGGAUUCAUCCACCCCGAAAGUACAGUGUCAAGCAGCACUCGCCCUCCGUAACCUCGCUUCAGACGAGAAAUAUCAGCUCGAAAUCGUUCGGGCGAAGGGUCUCUCCCCACUACUCCGCCUUCUGCAAUCUUCAUACCUUCCCCUCAUUCUCUCCGCCGUCGCCUGUAUUCGCAAUAUCUCCAUUCACCCUCUUAAUGAAUCACCAAUCAUCGAAGCGGGCUUCUUGAAGCCCUUGGUCGACCUUCUGGGCUCGACCGACAACGAGGAAAUCCAGUGCCACGCCAUCUCAACUCUCCGUAACCUUGCCGCUAGCUCUGAUCGCAACAAGGAGCUUGUAUUGCAGGCCGGCGCAGUUCAGAAGUGCAAGGACUUAGUUCUCCGAGUCCCUCUUACAGUUCAGUCCGAGAUGACUGCUGCCAUCGCUGUGCUGGCACUCAGCGAGGACCUCAAGCCGCAUCUAUUGAGCCUGGGGGUAUUUGACGUCUUGAUUCCUUUGACAAACUCUGAUAGCAUCGAGGUGCAAGGUAACAGUGCGGCCGCUCUGGGAAAUUUGUCCUCUAAAGUCGGUGACUACUCUAUGUUCGUUCGUGACUGGGCAGACUCCAAUGGCGGCAUUCACGGCUACCUCCAUCGCUUCCUCGCUAGCGGUGACCCGACUUUCCAACACAUUGCUAUUUGGACUCUUCUACAAUUGCUUGAGUCCGAAGACAAAAAGCUCAUUGGAUACAUAUCCAGAUCUGACGACAUCGUCCAGCUGGUGAAGACAAUUUCUGACAAGAACAUCGAAUCCGACGAGGAAGAUGUUGAUGACGGCGAAGGGGAAGUCAUUACGCUCGCUCGUCGCUGUCUGGAAUUGCUUGGGGCAGGUCCUAAGCAAACCCUGGUGGAAGCUUGA